UGUCGUUACCGGGCACUUCCGUUCCAGUAGUGGGAGGUCCCUGCCAUGUUUUUCCUCGUGGUGGGUAUUUCUUCAGCGGCUCCAGACCAUUCCGAACUUUCUGUACCAGUUUUGGGGACCUGCAAUGACUAGGACGUAGAUUUGCUUGAAAGAAGUCGCGGCUCAAAUGGAGGUUUGAAAGUGUUCCCAGGACUCUGUGUAUCUCAGGACUCAGAAUAACACCAGAAGUAGGAAGAAAAAUGAGCACGUUCAUGGAAUCGGUAACUUUCAAGGAUGUGGCUGUGGUAUUCACUGAGGAGGAGCUUGAGCUGCUGGACUCUGCCCAGAAGAAGCUGUACCAAGAUGUGAUGGUUGAGAACUUCAGGAACCUGGUGUCAGUGGGAGGCAAGAACCGAAAGCAGAUGGAUAUUGUCCCACAAGCAGGAGCACACGAGGAGCUUUCCAGCUCACAUAUCUGGCAACAGAUUGUCAAUGACUUAACCAGGUGUCAAGAUUCUGUGAUCAGUAGGUCUCAGUUUUACAAACAAGGUGAUUCACCCUCUCCUGUUGUGGGAGGACUAUCUACUAUUCAUACAGGAGAGAACAUUUUCCAGUGUUACGAGUGUAGAAAAACCUUUAGAGAUGUCUCCAGCUUCAAUCGUCAUCAGCGAUUACACUCACAAGAGAAGUCUCUCACCUGUAGUGUGUGUGGAAGAAGAUUCCGUUAUAUCUCAAGACUUCGUAAUCAUCAGAGAAUUCACAUGGGAAAGAACCACUAUCAGUAUGAUGAAUGUGGUGAGGUAUUUAGUCAGAGCUCACAUCUGCAAAGUCAUCUGAAUAUGCACUCUGUAGAGAAACGGCACAAAUGUGAAGAAUGUGGGAAACCCUUUAGGGAUGGAACGACAUUUAGUACUCAUUGCAAAGGCCACACGGGAACAAAACCUUAUAAUUGUGAGGAAUGUGGGAGGGCUUUUAUUUAUCUUUUGCAUUUUCAGGAACAUCAGAGAAGGCACACUGGGGAGAAAACAUUGAAAUGUGAUACACAUGGUAAGAAAUUUCAUCAUAAAGCAGCACUUAAUACUCAUUGCAUGGUCCCUACGGGAGAGAAACCUUACAAAUGUGAGGAGUGUGGGAAAAGCUUUGCUUGUAACUCAUGCCUUUAUAUCCAUCAGAAAGUUCACACAGGAGAAAAACGUUACAAGUGUGAGCCAUGUGGUAAGAGCUUCAUUCAUCCUUUGCAAUUUCAGGCCCAUCAGAGAGUUCACACUGGAGAGAAAUCAUACACAUGUAACAUGGGUGGAAAAGGCUUCAUUUACAAUUCAAAUUUGCAUUCCCAUCAGGGAGUCCACACUGGAGAGAAACCAUACGAAUGUGAUGUGUGUGGGAGGGGUUUCAGCCAGAGUUCGUAUCUUAAAAUCCAUCAGAAGAUCCACAAUGUAGAGAAACCUUAUAAGUGUGAGGAGUGUGGGCAAUGCUUCAAUUGGAGUUCAAGACUUCAGGUUCACCAGCUGAUCCAUACUGGUGAGAAACCAUACAAAUGUGAAGAGUGCGGAAAGGGCUUCAGGCAGGCUGGAAAUCUUUUGACUCAUCAGAGAGUACACAGUGGAUGGAAACCGUUCAAAUGUGAAGAGUGUGGAAAGUACUUCAGUAGUAGAUCAAAUCUUCAAACUCAUCAUAGAAUCCACACAGGAGAGAAACCUUAUAAAUGUGAGGGGUGUGGGAAGGGCUUUAGGCAAGCUUCUUAUCUUCAGGACCAUCAGAGAGUCCACAGUGGAGAAAAACCAUUCAAAUGUGAAGAGUGUGGGAAGAGCUUCAAAUGGAUUGAGAAUCUUAACACUCAUCAGAGGGUCCAUACAGGAGAGAAACCUUAUAAGUGUGAGGAGUGUGGUAAGUACUUCACUCACGCCUCAAGUCUUCAACAUCAUGAGCGUGUCCACACUGGAGAGAAACCGUAUAAAUGUAAUGUGUGUGAUAAAGUCUUUAGUCGAUCUUCACAACUACAAACUCACCAGAGAGUUCACACUGGGGAAAAACCCUAUAAAUGUGAGGGAUGUGGGAAGGGCUUCAGGCAGGCUUCACACCUUUUGCUUCAUCAGAGGGUCCACAGUGGAGAAAAACCCUACAAAUGUGAAGAGUGUGGGAAAAGCUUCUGUCAAAAUUCACAUCUUCAAGCCCAUCAAAGAGUCCAUAAUGAAGAAAAGCCAUACAAAUGUCAAGAGUGUGGCAAGGGCUUCAAGUGGAGCAAAAAUCUUAACACGCAUCAGAGGGUCCACACAGGAGAGAAACCAUAUAAGUGUGGGAAGUGUGGUAAGUACUUCAGUCAGGCCUCAAGUCUUCAACAUCAUGAGCGUGUCCACGCUGGAGAGACACAAUACAAAUGUGAUGUAUGUUGUAAAGUCUUUAGUAGAUCUUCACAACUACAAACUCAUCAGAGAGUCCACACUGGGGAGAAACUGUAGUAGUGUGAGAUGUGUGUCAGAUUUUCAGUUUGAAAUCACAUCAAAGAAAUCACAAAAUUCAUGCUACUGAUAAAUAUUCUGAAAAUGAUGAUACAGGUAAGACGAUCAGAUUUCUCACAGGAAACAAUUUUAUGAAAUGACUGUUUUAAAAAUCUCAUGUGCAACGUAUAGGAGCCCUGGUGUGCAGUGGUUAAAGUGCUUCAAUGCUAACCCCAAGGUUGGCAGUUUGAACCCACCAGUGGCUCCAUUUUGCUUCUGUAAGGAUUUAUAGCCUUGGAAACUCUCUGGGGCAGUUCUACCCUGUCCUGUGGGGUCAGUAUGAGUCGGAAUUGACUUGAUGGCAGUGGGUUUAAUGAGUUUUAUGUGCAACCUGAAUUCUUACAAUCAUCAGGUCUCAGAAGAGAAAACAUUUGUUUUAUUAAAGUCUGACAUUCAGCAAAGAACAUAUCAGAACAUUAUAAAUGGUGCAGUAAGGCUUCAGUCAGAACUUUGGAAUUCAUGGGAUAACACUCAAGAAAUAGGCCUUGGAAAGAAUAAGAGUUUGAUUUGGUCUUAAAAGUAUAAUGAUGGACAUACCAAAAUUAAUAUCCACUAGAAUGUGAGCUCUCUGAUGGCAGGAACUUUAUUACUUAGUCUUUAUAGGUAUGUUCAUGCUUAUUUUUUAAAUAAAUCAAAAAGAUACAGUGUAUAAUAAUUGAAAAUUUAACCAGAAAGCAUACCAGUAAAAAUGAAUAUUCAAGGAAACAAACACUAGUUUAAAUGUGAAAAACCACUCAAUACUGUAAUGUGUAAUAUUAAUCAGGCAGCAGCAGAUUCCAAAGGAGACCUGGUGGCAUAAUAGUUAAGCGCUCUGCUGCUAAAUAAAAGUUGGCAGUUUAAAUCCACCAGGGGCUCCAUGAGAGAAAAGCCCUGGCAAUCUGCGCCCAUGAAAAUCAUAGCCUAAGGAACCCAGUGGGGCAGUUCUACUGUGUUCUGUAGGGUCGUUGUGAGUCUGAAUCGUCUUGACAGCACAACAACAGCGUAUUGCAGUUGGCUCCUGUCCUCUCCAUAGCCUCUGUAUUCAAGUUGGACCUUAUUCCUUGGGCCUCUAUGUCCUGUUCAAUCAGUCAUAUAUAGUAUAAAUUGAACUACUGUGAUGUUUUUCUGGCAGUACAUUAUAAAAACAUUGUUAACCUUGUAAGAAGUCACUCCGUAUUAAACAAUUGAAUGGGUAUUCAAUGGUGUUAAGGCAGAGCUUUCCCAUAACACUUUGAGAGUGUAAGAAGUAGUUACCUGUAAAAACUGUGUGUUGUCAGAACUGCUCUAACUUCAGGAGGAGGAGGAGAGGUAAUCACCAUCAUCCUCAAUCCAAGAAUGAUUCAUAUGAGGUAGAGGUCAGACAUACCUCCACUCUGUAACCUUUUUGCCAGUCUGAUACCAGCCUUUUUACCAAUUCUGACACCUUGCGUGGCACACUCUGCUGCCUAACUGGGGUCUUUAAUUCGUUGCAAUAGCCACACAGAAUUCACAGGCCAUAUUCAUGAUUAUGAUGUUUAUUAGGGAAUUAUUGGUUACAGUCCAGAGUCAGGAUAAACUUGGAAGUAACAGGAACAACUCAGGAUACAGUUUUUCAGUCGGUACAGCUGCUUCUUGGCUACUGCAGCUGGGCACCUGCUCUCAGUCUGACCUCUACUGUGCUUGGCAAGUGUGACAAAGCACUUUAGCUCUGCCAUCAGGUACCCAGAGGCACCCACUUUACCAUCAAGCCCUCUUUCUGAAGGUGCUCAAUUCUUUUGCUCUGUGGGCCAGCAUGCCACUAUAGUAGCCUCACUCUGUGGGCCAUGAAGCCAGCUGGAUGUCUCAUGCUGGUGUCCAGUUUUAGCCAUCACCAUUUUUCUGCCACUGUACUCUACCAUGCUUGUUGCUGCUGCUUGUCAUCUCGUGUCGUCUCCGAUGUUACAACUCUCUGUUUCCAGGGUCUAGGAGUUUCUCAGUGCAGGGAUCCUGGUGCAGAAGACACACACCACUCUUGGGUCCUCGUCUGGAUAGUAGUGAUGUCCCCCCUCUCCAGCUUUGAGGAUUGUCUCCCUUUAGGCCUGUUGAAAUGGCAAAACUGACCAAUCCCCUACGAGGGUUUCAUGCACUUUAUUUGCACCCCCCCAUCCACGCAAAGUUCGAUCUUAUUUGCAUUAGCGAAGCUACCCAUUCCCCUUGGUGGUCUACAAGCACCUUAUUUGCAUUGUCCCACCUAAUCAUUUUGUGGAAGUUACAAGGCCCUGGCUAGAGGGCUAUAUGAAGUAAUUCACUACACCACAUUACCAAUGACAAUUUUUUUGGUCGACCUUUAUUAUUACCUGAUUUUCUGCAGUUUCACCCCAGAUUUGAUGACUGUCCUCUCAGUGCUGUAGCCAAUAUUUUUCUUAACCAGCUCUCUUGAGGUAAGGGUCAUGCCAUAUUUUAAGGACAUUAAUGCUGUCAAGUUACGUACCCCAUGUUCUUCCCCCAAAAACAAACUUGUGAGAGUUUGAUAAUUAUAUCGCAUGUGUUCAUUAUGUAUAAUGGGCUCCUCUUUGAUCUGAAAAUCAUGAUAAUUAAAAAAAAAAUGAGUAACA